GAGAAUGCCAGAUAUGUUAAAAUUCAAUGAGAGUGACUGAACUGAGGGGUUUUUAGCAGCUGUUAUAUAAAGCAUGCCCAGUCAAGCGAAGCCUCGGUUUGUGAUUCUCUACGGGUCUCAAAAGGGCCAGGCUGAGUCUCUAGCAGAAGGAGUAGCCGAGGCAGCAGAGGAGCAAGGACUGGUUGCUGAGCUCAGUUGCUUGAAUCAGAAUGAGAAGUACAAUUUGGAGAAGGAGCAUGCCCCAGUGAUCUUUAUUGUGUCUACUACUGGAGACGGGGAACCGCCAGACAAUGCCCUGCAAUUUGUAAAGCGCAUCAAGAACAAGGCCCUCUCCGCUGACCACUAUAAACACCUUUGCUAUGCACUUUUAGCUUUAGGAGACACAAAUUAUGCAAAUUUCUGCAACUGCGGGAAGACAAUUGAGCGUCGUCUACAGGAACUUGGAGCCAAACAGUUUUACCCGACAGGAUAUGCAGAUGAUGGUGUAGGGCUGGACGUGGUUGUGGACCCUUGGAUUGAAGGACUGUGGAAAGCAAUCAAAGAAGCCUUAUCCAAAAUGGCUUCUGAUAGGACUGGUUGCUUCAAAGGAGAAGCAGGGGAUUCACCAAAGAAAACUCCUGAUUCAUCCAUACCAGAUGUCCAACUAAACCUCUUGAGCAUAACUGACCACCAGAACUGCGAGUCGACCAGAGCGUCUAUAGAAACGGUUUCCAAAUCUCCAACUGCUGCUUCAUCUUCAGCUUCUGCUACACAGACUGCCGUUUCUGAUCUCAGCCCAGCUUUUCCUGCAGGGAGCCCUGGGUUGGCAUCCCAGUCUCAUGAUACUGCCAGUGUGUCUACAUCAGCACAGGAGACACAGAACGGGGACGCUGGAGUUCCCCAUGUUGCAUUGGCAGCCUCACUGACGCGCUCGCUGCCGCCACUUUCUGAGUCCUCUCUUAAUGUUCCUGCUCUGCCUCCUCCCUACCUCGAUGUCUGUCUUCAGGACGCGGAUGCUGUGGAACAGGUUGUUGGACCGUUAAACAAAGAGACUCUCCAUGAGGUUCCCAUAUCUAAGGCUGUUCAGCUGACCAGAGGAGAUUCAGUGAAGACGGCUCUUCUCUUAGAGCUCGACAUCUCUGCUCAUCAAAUGAUAACCUAUCAGCCCGGCGAUUCGUUUGAUGUAUUCUGCCCAAAUCAGGCAGCUGAGGUGGAGGACUUGCUCCACAGAUUGGGCCUUCAUGACCAGAGGAACCAUCAAGUACACAUUUCUCUGCUUAAAGACACUAAGAAAAAAGGUGCCAAGGUGCCACCCUACAUUCCCCCGAACAUUUCUCUGCUGUCCCUGCUCACAUGGUGUGUAGAGAUCAGAAGCGUCCCUAAGAAGGCAUUCCUGCGAGCGCUGGUGGAGCAUACGGGGGACAGUGUGCAGAGGAGGAGACUGCAGGAGCUCUGCAGCAAACAAGGCGCCGCAGACUACAACCUCUAUGUGAGAGACCCGAGCCUCAGCGUCUUGGAGCUUCUUGCAGCCUUCCCAUCCUGCUCACCUCCUCUCAGCCUCCUCAUAGAGCAUUUGCCGAAACUGCAGCCCAGGCCUUAUUCAGCAGCCAGCUCCUGUCUCAGGUACCCAGGAAAGGUGCAUUUUGUCUUCAACGUGGUAGAGUUCCCAGCAUGCCCCGGGCGCCCUGCGGGAAGGCGAGGCUUGUGUACCGGUUGGCUGUUUGACCUCAUCAAUCCUGUCCUGGUUUUCCCUGAGAAGGCUGAAUCCUCCGGCUGCCCGGCUGUGCCAAAGAUCCAUGUGAGUCUGAGACCCAACUGCUUCUUUCGGCCUCCCUCUGACCUGUCGGCGCCCUUCAUAAUGGUCGGACCGGGGACAGGAGUCGCCUCCUUCGUCGGUUUCCUCCAGCAAAGGGAGGAGGAGAGGAAGGAGAACCCCGAGACCACGUUUGGCGAAACCUGGCUGUUCUUUGGUUGCCGCCACAGAGAUCGAGACUACCUAUUCAGAGAGGAGCUGGAGGGCUUUGUGUCCAGCGGUACACUGAGCCAACUCAAGGUGUGUUUCUCCAGAGAUGACCAGGAGGACGAGGCCGCAACCUCCGCCGUGGCACGACCCAGAUACGUGCAACACAACCUGCUUCUAAACAGCCAACACAUCACUGAUAUCCUGCUGAAACAGAACGGUUACAUCUACGUCUGCGGAGAUGCCAAGAACAUGGCUAAAGACGUGAACGACACCCUGAUGGAGAUGAUCAAAACAGAGCUUCAGGUGGACCAGCUAGAGGCCAUGAAGAGACUGGCAGGGCUGAGAGAGGAGAAACGCUACUUACAGGACAUCUGGGGUUGACAGCGGAUGACCAGAUAAGGGCAUUUGCAGAAUCCGCUGGGCCUUUUUACACCUUCAAAAAAAAAAUCGGCACGCUCAGCUGUAACCUCUAGAACCAUAAAAUUGUGGAUGCUGAAGCCCGGAGGUAGUUUACACCACCCAAUGCUACCAAGAUGGAAUAGGCCAUGCUGACCCGGGGAUAUCGGUUCACUACAUCAUCCUGGGCUUUGCUGUUUGAACAGAAAUGAUCUUGGUCAGGGCAAUAGUGCUGGAGAUUGGUCCUGCAGUGUGAAAAUGCUUUUACUGUCGACAAGUCUCCUCCGUUCGUCCUGUCUGGGGAAAAGGCAUUUACUUCCGUCGGCCGUGAUGGAGGGAUUUUGAUGAGAACGGGAGUGCUCCAACCUAGAUGGAAACAACACAGCAAUCUGUAGUUCUUUAACAGCACACACACAGUAAAUUGUUUAUUGUCAUUCAGGGGGAUAGAAGUCAUUUUUUCCACAAGUUAUUUUUUAUUUUUAGAGUGUGCCAAACACCACUGAUUACCUCUGGAGUCAUAAUCAGCAGCAGUUAUUUGAUUUUUUUUUUAAACUGAUGAUGUGAGAAUGAAUCUCAAUUCCAAAACAGGUUGUGGUUUGUUCCAGUGUUAUGUAAAAUCAUAUUUUCAUCCAGAAUACUGUGAUUAUAGUCACCUUGUCAGCCUUUUUAAGGUAAUGAAGACCGAUUUUAAUGUAUGUGAUCCUGAAAAAGUCACUUCUGCCUAAAUGAAGUCCUCAGAGAUGAGGACGGUUAUCAUAUUUAUCAUUAUACUGUGUCGAAUUUUAAGUGCAGAGGGCGUGAAUCGCAGCUCUGACCAGAGCAAUUUAUCUAACUAACUUUGUUUGUGCCUGUCUGCCCCCACAUACCCAGCAGACUGCCAGUUUGGAGACUCUGAACUCCAACUUUUCUAAGUCCUGCAAACCCGACUGAAAUCUCCCAAACUGCGGUAGAAACAAACACAACUGUGCCUUGUGUGAUCAGGAAUUAAAAAAUAUUUCAGCAUAAAUUAUUGCGGUCUUCAGUUUUUCUUUUGUCAUGCGCACAGGUGUGUUUGUAGGUGACCUUAUAUGAAGUGUGGGCGUGGGUGUGAGUGAGCAUGAAGGGGAGGGGUGACUGGAGGUUUCAGCAGCAGGUUCAAAAGGCAAUGGGAAUCAUUUGGGAAUAAACUGUGAUUGAUUGGGAGUGAUUGUUUUUAUAAAUUUAGAUCUAAUUUGAUUGCUGAAGGUGACUUUGGUCAGAAGAUGAAGGCUUACUCUGCUAAUUGAAGGCUUUUCGCAAUGGGCUUCUUAGCGCAGCAGAGCCCCAGAGAGAGGCUUCUCAGAAUUAAAUCUUCUAACAGCAGUCUUUUUAUUUAUCCUCUUGUAGGGAGGGGAGAGAAAAACAUGUUUACAAUCUCUGCCGCCUGCGCCGCCGAUGACACCCCCAUUCGCUACAUUUUUGAGCCGAGUAAACAAAACAUUCACUGUCGCAGAAAACAAUCCCUGAUAGUGAAUAAUUGGUUUAAUAUAGUGUUGUCGAAGGUAGAGCUGUCCUUGUGUUUGUCCAGGCGCAGCUGGCUGCACCUCCUCGCCCUCAUCUCUCAGCGUCCUGCUGCUGCGCCAAGUCACAGGAGCAGAGGACAAAAUCAAAAUAAUGAUGCUGUGUGCCUCCAACGGCACCACCAAUCUCAUCUCACACACACACAGGCAUGAUGAUACAUGGCCUCCAUUUAAUGCAAUUUGUUCUUGGAGAAAUGACAACAACUUGCAUGGAUGCUGUAACAAGAAGCAAAGUUUCAUCAAAGUGACGCGUGAUCAUUAUGAGUGAAUAAUUUUGGGAGUACAGUCUGAGCUGUACUGCCCUUAUUUACCUACACUAUUAACAUGCCCUCAUCUCCAGGUAAAAAAUGACCCCCGCCAUAAGACGGAGAGCCUGCCGGCUGCUUAUGUCACCCUGUCCAGCAACCACCCAGGACUGAUGAAGUUUUAAAUUAUGUCUUCAUAAUUAAAAAGGUUCACAGUGGCGGUUUUGUCCCGCAGCGAAAGCGAAAGACAGAGCUGAGGAGAUUGUCGGAAAUAAAUCAGAGAGCUGGAGGUCAGAGCGACCGCGGAAUAGUAGCACCUCCGUGAUAGAUACCCCUUGUUAAGAUUGGCUUAAAUGAAGCAGAAAGAUGUGUGCUGAAGAUAAUGACUGUUAUUAUGGAAGUGUUGAGUGAGCCAAGCGGGGAGAUGCACUUUAUGUCGACCAGCUCAGAGAUUUCAGAAAGGUCUGCUUAACAUUCGGCUUCUUGGUGCAGAAAGUACAAGUAGUGAUGAUGAGGAUAGUAAGUGGAACCUCCCACACUCUGCCUCCCUGAGCUCGGCAAAGAGUGCGCUUUAAUUAGGCAAGUGACAAUAUGUUCAAUUCAGUUGGCUCAGGUGUGUGGAUAUGACUGCAGUUCAAACAACUCAGUGCUAGUUUUAGGAGUAAACAGCAAGUAGAAGCCAGAAGUUUUCUCCCUUAUGAGAAAACUUUGGAAGAAUCAACUCUGCAAAUGUGCAUGUGUGUACUCCCACUGACCUUCAUCUACAAAAUAUCACCCAAAUGAAGACGUACUGACCAGGAAGACACUCAUUUUAAAUACAAAAGAACACAAAGAGGCAAAACAACCAAACAUAAAAUGAUGUCAAAGACACAAAAUUACCUCAAAGAGACACAAAUGACAACAAAGAGAUGCAAAAUGACCAAAAAGAGCUAAAAAAAAUGCUUUCAGAGAUACAAAAUCCCCUCAGACACAGAAUGACUUCAAAGAGACACAAAAUUACCUCAAAGAUACACAAGACGAACCAAAACGAGACACAAUAUUACCUUAAAGGGACACACAGUGACUUCAAAGAGAUGCAAUAUUACCUCAGACGCACAAAAUGACUACAGAGAGAUGCAAAACUACCAAAGAAAUACAAAAUUACCUCAAAGAGAGAAAAUUAACCAAUAAGAGAUACAAAAUCAUUUCAGAGACAUAAUGACCUCAAAGAGACACAAAACAAAGCAAAACAAGAUACCAAAUGGAUUUAAAGAGACACAAAAUUACCUCAAAGAGAAAGAAAAUAACUACAAAGAGAUGCAAAAUGACCAGAAAGAAACAUAAAAUUACUUAAGAGACACAGAACUGACAAAAAGAGAUACAAAAUGACUUCAGAGACACUAAACUACCUCAAAGACACACAAAAUUACCUCAGAGAGACAGAAAAUGACUACAAAGAGACACAAAACAAAACAAUAAAAGAUACAAAAUGACCUCAAAGAGAUGCCAAAUGACCUCAAAUAGAUAGAAAGGACUACAAAGAGAUUCAAAACAACAAAGAAUAGAUACAAAAUGACCUAAAAGAGACAUGAAAUGACUUCAAAGAGACAUAAAAUGACUACAACGGGACAGAAUAUGACUUAAAAGAUACACAAAUUGACAAAAAAGAAAUACAAAAUUACUUCAGACUGAAAAUUACCUCAGAGACACAAAACUACCAGAAAGAUAUGCAAAAUGAUUUCAGAGACAAUAAACUACCUCGAAGAGACACAAAAUUACCUCAGAGGCAGAAAAUGACUACAAAGAGAUGCAAAACAAACCAAUAAGAGAUACAAAAUGACCUCAAAGAGACAGCAAAUGACUACAAAGAGACACAAAAGAACCAAAAAGAGAUUAAAAAUGACUUCAAAGAGACAGAAAAUUAUCAAAAAGAGAAAUUAUCUCAGAGAUACAAAAUGACUCCAAAGACAUGCAAAAUGACAAAUAAAUGAGGUAUCGAAUUACUUCAGAGAGACAGGAAAUUACCUCACAGACACAAAAUACCAUAAACAGAUACAAAACUACUUCAAAGAGACAACAACAACAAAAAAGAGACCACCACAAAGUCUGUGCAUCUCUUGCUCCUAUAUAGGAGAGGUGGUGGGGCCUUUUGCAGAUCUGUGCCCAGGAGCUCAUUGUCUAAUAAUGCGCCCAUGUGUGUGCAUGUUGCAGAGGCAGGGAACGCAAUAGGGUUAUCCACUAAAUUAAAGUUCCCAACGAGCAGGAUGGCUCAGUUUCCAUGAAAUCUGACCACAGAGAACAACAUGAUUUAAUCCAUCCCUUGCACAAUCCCUGUUGUAGAUUCCUAGUGUUACGGUUUCCGUUGGAAAUAUGAAGUUUUCUUUCAGUUUGAAAACUGUGCACUUGUGGAGAAGUCCUCUGGCAUUACUACUGUCAGCAGAAAGCUUCAUCUGCUCCAAGCUCUUCGCCUCACCUGUGUUCCAUCAUUUAAAAGGACACUUCCACUCCGUCUCUGUUAUUCUCAUGUCUGCUGUCAGUGACCCAGGAACGCCAACUCAGCUCUUUGAUGUGGUAUCGAUGACAGGUCUGCUCGCACACACACACACACACACAAACAUACACAGAUACACACUGAGAGCCACAGUCGGCCCGCUCUCCUGAGUCCCAGCUGUGCACAAACACUUUAACUUCAGCAUCUGUCAGGAGUGCUGGAGGAAAAUCUAUGUUUUUCUAAAAAGGCUGCAGCACUUCUAUUGAGUUUCCUGUUUUCACUGUGAGAUACCAGUGUUGUUCUGGUCUGUGUUUAUUGAUGGAGCAGGAGAGAUACCCCUGCUUCCCAUUUGGCAGAACAAACAUUCUCUGUAAUUGAUGCUGGCAGGAGGAGAAAGUAUUCAAUAAGAAAGUAUUGUUCUCCCAGAAGGUUUAAAGAAGUAUUUCUGUAUUAGAUUAAUCUGACCAAAGGGGAGAGUACUGUAAGAAUUAUCAGAAUAAAUAUAUAAUCACUCACGUUACAUGUGCCACAUCUAAGACUGAUUCCCCACACCAGUCAGAUACUGUUUGUCCAGAUGAAUUAAAUAGAAACUGCUUGGCUCAUCAAAUGUAUUAAUGAUGUCCCAGCGAUGGAUGCUCUUUCUGUCUUCAUUAGUCAAAGAAAUGUAAAAAUUGGUUGGGCUUUUUUUUAAAAACGUACAACGAUGGAUGAACACUUAGCAGAAUUUAUGGCUUCCUCAGUCCUCACAGCCAUAACGACUUAUGCAAAUUGGAGGUUAAGUGCUGAGAUGAGACUGUUCAGCAAAAAAAAAAUACAGGAUGUAUACAAACUAAGGACGGAUGGAAGAACAAACUGUGUGCACUCGACAUUUGUCUUUAUUUGUUGUAUUGGAUACGCUGAACGUGUGUUACCAUGGAGCUCAGGCAGUGAGUCAACUGAAAAUAUCUGAAAGUGCAUAUGAAAGAGGAAAUUAAAAAGAUAGUCUGUGUGCUUUGUUUAUCACAGUGCAUCUGUACAAUAACUGAGAAGUUAAAUAUGAAGGGGACGCGGGUGUGAGCUGUCACAAUACAUUUAGUUUGAUCUGACAGCGAUAUAAAAAGAGACAACAAGACGACAAGGAGUAGAGAUCAAAAUGAAGUUCUAAGAGAGAAAGCAACCCGGGGGAUUUAGAGAGCUGCUGUAGUGCUGCUUUAUUUUUUAAGGAAUUUAUCAAAGGUGUCACUGUAGUAUGAAAUAGAGAAGGCAUCUCAGUCAUUGUUUCCACUGUGAAUGGGCUUUCAGCAGAGGUGGCACCAAGUCAUUGUACCGUAAAUCUUAUAAUAAACUCCCAGUCCCUUUUACUAGCCCAGUGUAGCUACACAAUUUAACAAAAAAAAAUCUUAAUUAGACCCCUGGUCUGGUUGCCAGCAGUUCAUUUUUAUAGAAGUUCUUUGGAUGUAUAAAACAAGGUUGUUGGCUACCUACUUGAGCUUACGUUAGUUAGCUGUUUAGAUCGCGCAUCCAAAUAUAAAUGUUUAAACUUUGGUCAUUAUGGAGAUGCUACACAUUGUUAGCUCAGUUAGAUUCUCCACAAUUCAGCAGUUCAUGUUACUGAAACCAUGAGCACUAAAGAAGACCGUAAUUCAUUCAGAUUUACUGGCAUGAAGAAAACAAGCGGUGACUCCAUUUCUCUGAAGCUGUCGUAAAGUCAGAAUAUGUGUCCAUUCCUCGAUUACCCUUUAAGUUAUUCAUAUUCCUUUAGUCUGCAAGGGUCUGCUGAUAUUGUAUCGUAUUGCAUCGUAUCACAUCGCAUCACGUCGUAUUGUAUCGUAUCAUAUCAUAUAUCAUAUUGUAUUGUAUCGUAUCGCAUCGUAUCAUAUUGCAUCGCAUUGGAUCGUAUUGUAUCGUAUCGCAUUACAUCCCAUCGUAUUGUAUCGUAUCAUAUUGCAUUGUAUCAUAUCGCAUUGUAUCAUAUUGCAUCACAUCGGAUCGUAUCGUAUCAUAUAUCAUAUUGUAUCAUAUUGCAUCGCAUUGGAUCGUAAUGUGUUGUAUCAUAUCAUAUUGUAUCGUAUUGCAUCGUAUCGCAUUACAUCCCAUUGUAUUGUUUCGUAUCAUACUGUAUUGUAUCGUAUCGCAUUGUAUCAUAUUGCAUUGCAUCGGAUCGUAUUGUAUCAUAUAUCAUAUCAUAUAUCAUAUCAUAUCAUAUCGUAUUGUAUCGUAUCAUAUUGUAUUGUAUCGUAUCAUAUUGUAUUGUAUUGUAUCGCAUUGUAUCAUAUUGCAUCACAUCACAUCGUAUCGUAUCGUAUCGUAUCGUAUCGUAUCGUAUCGUAUCAUAUCAUAUAUCAUAUCAUCAUAUCAUAUCGCAUUGCAUUGGAUCGUAUUGUAUCGCAUAUUGUCUUAACAGGAUAAAGUUGCGUUUGGGUCAGUAUGUCGGGUGCCGUAAUCCUGGAGUGCCAUAAAAAGAGUGUCAUAAUGCUCUCUCUCUGAUGCCUUGUCUUUCGGAGCUAGAUUAGAUGAAUGAUUUGUAAUUGAUAUAUAUAUGUAUAUGUAAGAUUUCCCCGAUUUUGCUGAGCAACAUUUUUAUGUAAAAGGAAUUAAAGCCCUGUCCCAGAUAUGAUCUUGUUUAUUUCAGUGAUUUUAGCAAAUAAUAGCCCGGGCUAUUAAUUGAAGUUUUACGGUAAGUCAAGUUCCAAGUCCUAAACUUUUUUUUGAGUCCUUAACAAGUCAUAAUGCAUGUUUCAUCAAAUGUAAUGCCAUUUUAACAACAGAGGAAUUAUAUUUUAAAU